AUGCUUCGCUCUGCCACCUUCGCAUCCGCGGCGUUUGUCGCUCUUGCCACCGCUCAGCCGUCGUUCGUCUACAAGUUCGACGCCGAUACGGCUGGAGGCGUGGAUGGCUCGAUCCAAGUCAAGUACAAGGGCGAGGACUCGUCCACCGCCACCAUUACGGCAUCUCUCGACUUCUCGGGGGUCGACCAGGCUGCGAUCAAAGAGUUCGACGGCAACUGCACCGAGGACGUCACGAGCUGGAAGUGGCACAUCCACACCAAGUGGAGCUCGACCCAAAGCUCCGACUCGUACAAGCAAUGCUCUAAGGCGGCGACGGACAACCACUACGACCCACUGCGCGCCUGUGGCUCUGCGUCCGAGUACAUCGCCGAGCCCGAGUGUAAGGCCAAGUCCAAGAGCUACGCGUGCAGUCCGACCAACUACACGUCGGACCCGCUAGUGUGCGAGAAGGGAGACCUCUCGGGCAAGUUCGGCGCGUUCAAGCUUGGGGAGGGGUAUACCGUGUCCGAGGAGUGGACGGACGAGCACUACCCGCUGCCGUCCGAGAACACGGACACGUGGAGCAUUGUUCUCCACGCUGUUUGUGGCAAGGAGGCGCCUAGAAUCUCAUGCGCACUUGGUACCAAGGGGGAAGCGGCCGCUGAUGGCGUCGAUCAGUCCACUCCCGCUGGUGAAACCCCUGUGCAGUCUACUGGUGGUGGCGGCGGUUGUAGUGUCAAGACCAAGUAG